AUGACUCAGAGGAGACGCAGAGCAGGAGGAAGAGAGGAGGAAAUGGCAGCUUCUCAGGGACGGCUGACGUUCCAGGAUGUGGCCAUAGACUUCACUCAAGAGGAGUGGGAAUGUCUGGACCUCGGUCAGCGGGAAUUGUACAGGGAUGUGAUGUUAGAGAAUUACGGGAACCUGGCCUCCUUGGGUCUUGUGGUCUCUAAGCCGGACCUGGUCACCUUUCUGGAGCAAAUGAAGAAUCCCUGGGAUGUAAGGAGAAUGGACACAACAGCCACAUACCCAGCUAUAUCUCUUCAAGACACCCAGGAUUUGAUGCCAAAGAAACCAAGGGUAGAAGAUUUUUUCCCAAAAGCAAACCUAGGAAUAUAUGAAAGAUUUCACCUCAGAAACAUGCAAUUAAUGAAAGACUCAGAACAUACAAGGGCGUGUGAAAGACAGAGAGAAUGUUUACAUGGACAUAAAGAAAUUGAGACAGUUACACAUAAUGCAGACAUUACUGUAGAAAGAAAUGAGCUACUUGAGUCAAAUUGGGGGAAACAUUCAUUUCAGUCUUCAACAUCUGCUGAGAAGUGUAAGUUUAUCAGAAAAAAUUUACAUCGUUUUUUGAAACAUAGUUGUUCUCUGAAAGGAAAUACGGAAAAUCAGGAAGGUCCUCCAGUCUCUACUGUAAAUACUCAUUCAAACCACUCUGAGCAUAGGCUUCAAUUCAACAUAUAUUUAAACAUGUCUGAAAACCAGAAAUCUAAAAAUGAUGGGGCAAACUCACAAUAUAAUCAAUUUGAGGGAUCUAUGAUUAGGAAGUCACUAUUCUUCCAUCAACAGAUAUUUUCUCUCCAUUCCAAGAUGAAUAGUGUUGAUGAUAAUGGAAGAGAUGUAAUCCAACCAGCAUUAUUCAAUACAUCCCAUGAUAUGGUUAAUAGGAAAGAACUUUCCAUGUGUAAUAAAAUGAGUCAGACCUUAAGUAAGACCUCCAGCUCCAAUAAUUACACAAUUAUUUAUGAUGGAGUGAAGGUCUAUUCAUGCAAUGAACCUGGGCAUAACUUUGAACAAGACUCAAACUUCAUGGAACAUCAGGGAGCUCAAUCUUCACGCAAGGAUUCUAUAAGUAAUAAAUGUAAGAAUAUCUUUUAUGAAGCAUCAGAUCUUUCUCUACAUAAGAGUAUUCAUAGUGGAGAGAAAACUUACUAUUGUAGUGAAUAUGGUAAAGUUUCUAAUCAGUCUUCAAAUCUGAUUAAACAGCAGAGAAUUCAGAAUCCACAGAAACAUUACAAGUGUAAUAAAUGUGGGAAAGUCUUCAGUAACUCAUCUAAUAUAAGUAAACAUAGGAAAAUACAUUCAGGAAGGAAACCUUUCAAGUGUACAGUAUGUGCCAAAGCCUUUAAUCAGAGUUCAAAUCUUAGUCAACAUCGGCAAAUCCAUACUGGCAGGAAACCUUAUAAAUGUAAGGAAUGUGGCAAAGUGUUU